AUGUCCUCUUGCAACAACUCCAUUCCUCAACCCUUGACAUUUGUCCUGGCUGGAAUUCCUGGCUUGGAAUCUUCCCAUGGCUGGUUCUCUGUGCCUUUUUUCUUGGUAUUUGUCAUUACAAUGAUUGGGAAUGCCGCCAUCUUAUGCAUCAUCUGGGUGGAGAAGAGUCUUCAUGAGCCCGUGUUUCUCCUCCUGGCCAUGCUGUCUGUUGUUGACCUGUCCCUGGUCAGUGUCACUGUGCCCCGCAUGCUAGGGAUCUUCUGGAUGAAUGCCAAAGACAUCAGCUUUAAUGCCUGCCUCACACAGAUGUUUUUCAUCCCUUCAUUUUAUGUCAUGGAGUCUGGGAUCCUCCUAGCCAUGGCUUUUGACAGAUUUGUGGCUAUCUGGUACCCUCUGAGAUAUACAACCAUCCUUGCUAACAACAUACUUGUGAAGAUGGCUCUGGCUGUCCUGACAAGGGCAGUGGCAGUGCUGACUCCAGCACCCAUCCUGGCAAAAAGACUGGAAAGCUUCCAAACCCACAUCAUCUCUUACUCCUACUGUGCCUACAUGGCUGUGGUACAGAUAGCCUGUGGGGACAUCUCCAACCACAUUGUCUAUGGCCUCAUGGUUAUUGCAACAUCUGUGGGAUUUGAUUUGCUUUUUAUCAUUCUGUCCUAUGGGCUGAUCCUUCAUGCUGUCUUCCGGAUCCCCUCUAGGGAGGCAGGGGGCAAAGCUCUCAGUACAUGUGGCUCCCAUCUUUGUGUCAUAGCUCUCUUUUAUUCUCCUGUUGUCUUCUCUGUCCUGGCCCAGAUUUUAGGCUACCAUAUGGCUCCCUAUAUCCAGAUUAUCAUUGACAACCUCUACUUCCUAGUGCCUCCCAUGGCCAACCCCUUGAUUUAUGGAGCCCGGACUAAGCAAAUGCGCGAGCGGGUACUACGGAUCCUCCGCUGUCAUAGAAACUGAGGAUGAUAUCUGAGGUGGACAGGAUACCUGUGAUAUGGAGCUGGAAAUCUUGUUAGGUUUAAGGUAGAGAUAAUGGUUGCCU